UUUGGCAGUGAGACUUUUUUUGUUUUAUUCGCCUACGUCAUUCAUAUGGUCUGGACACCGAGGCGCGAGGCUGCUCUCUCCUCGCCGUUAAUUGUGUUUCCUACAGACUGACAACUUGUUUGUCUGUUAGCGCAUUGGCUGUCCAUGGGCGCUGCUGUUCACACGCUGCUGCUGCUCCGCCGCCGGCUGGGCUGUCCGGUGCGCCUCUGCGGUCAGUUCGGGACGGUAUCGGGCUCCGCUUUUAUGAAUGAAUAACGAGACGGGGAAAUGCGAGUGACUGCGAAACUCCCCAGCAGCCGGGCUCCCGGGGGGGCAGCCGCCGAUGAGAGGAAUUAACGACGGAGCGGAGCCGCGGCUCAUUGCGGAAAAAGCCGAGUCUGACUGCAGACUGGCGUGGAAACGCACCGUGAGGGGAAAGGGCUCCAUAGCGUAGAGCAGCGGAACAAAAACCGCGGUGACCACAAUGUCCAUCCACAUUGUGGCUCUGGGCAGCGAGUGCCCCGGAGGAGUCGGGCCGGGGGAGGAGAUCAUGGGCCAGGGGCAGCUGCAGGGAGGCCUGCUGUGGAGCUACCUUGGUCACGGAGCGCUGGUGGGACCCUGCGACUUGGAGAGCAGCCUGCACAACCCAGCCUUCAUGGAGUACACCUCACGUGUGUUUGGAGAUGUCACUGUAGUGGUUCGGGAUUGCCCCAGCUGGGACUUGUUGGACAGCGAUUGGGCCAGCGUACGGAAAGUUCUUGAGCAGGCUGACAUCCUGGUCAUUAAAUAUUCAGUCACUGACAAGCUGGCCUUCCAGCAGGUCAGGAACGGCUAUGCCCCGAGACUCCGCCCGCUCCUGAGGCACUGGGGCGUGCCUGUCAUCCUGGUCGCUGUUGGAGCGCGGCUGAACGAUGAAGGUCCUCCCUGUACGUGUCCGCUGUGUGCGUCUGACUGGAGCAGCUGUGUGCCUCACAGUGAAGGUCUGCAGCUGUCCCGGGACCUGGGGGCCACCUAUCUGGAGUUGCCCUCUCUCAACCACGUCUUUGUGGGUCGCUACUUCGGCAGCGUGCUGGAGUACUUCAUGAUUCAGUGUCUGAAACACAAAGCCAAAGAGAGGCCAGAGAAGAGGCGAGGAAAUAAAGUGAACGAGCUUCGUCCCCCUCAUUUAGAACAACCAGCACGUCUUCCCCCUAUCCGAGUAGAGGAGUCCAGCUUCUCACAGGACAUGCAGUGGUUGUUGGAGCGUGGCGUGCAGUUCGCCGAUGUGGCUUUCUACGCCGGGGACUCUGGGAAAGAAUUGGGGUGGGCGCAUGCGGCUGUGCUGUGUGCUGUCAGCCCGUACUUCAGACAGCUGCUCCUGGGGCCCAAGACGAGGGAACGUCCCCAGUCACGGUGCGCUUGCAGAGAGCGGGAUGGAGGCCCCCAUUCGCUGCUCUCCACCUGGGACGGAGGGAUUAUUGAUGACAUGCCAAGAUUAGAAGGGCACCUGACAGGACGCCUCUCUCGUCUGGUAGUGAAGGACCCUCUCCUCUGUAUGUGCUUGUGGGAGACACUCAUGUUUAUUUACAGAGGAGCGUGGGAGUGGGACCACCUUCAGGAGGCCCUGGAGGAGAAGCUGAAGAAUUCACUAGCUGUGGCUCAGCUUAUGGAGCGCAUACGAUCCCUCAUUGGCAGAGACAGGGGUCCCAGGGACACCCCCAGUGCGCGGGCAGCUCAGCUCGGCCCCCAGACUCUUGUCAACCUCUUCAAUUCUCCUCUUUACUCUGAUGUCAUCUUCAUGGUGCAAGGGAGUGUAUUGCCAGCCCACCGGGCAGUGCUGGUGGCACGCUGUGACGUCAUGGCGGCCAUGUUCAGUGGGAAGUAUGCAGAGGCCCGGAGCCGAGUGGUGCCCAUCCACGGUGUCUCCUCAGAUACCUUCCUUUCUUUCCUGGAGUACCUCUACACUGACUCCUGCUGUCCUGCCAGUGUGCUGCAGGCCAUGGCCGUGCUGGUCUGCGCUGAGAUGUACCAGGUGAAACGUCUGCAGCAUCUGUGUGAAGUGUGCGUGUGCGCUUACCUUCAGAGCAUGCCCAGCAGAGAGCUGUCAUCUACAGGUAUCAGCGUGAUUCGACUACUUCGCCGAGCAAAGUGCCACAACGCAGAGCAGCUGUAUAUCUGGCUCCUCCACUUCAUCGCCAACAACUACCUGAUCUUCAGUCACAAACCUGACUUCCUGGAGCUCUCAGAGGAGGAGCGUGAGCAGGUGGAGAGGCUACGCUGGCCGUCCAGAGGCUACCUGCAGGAGCUCAGCGAGUACCAGCAGCGGCGACGCAAACUACGCAAGUCCCGCUGCAUAGUCAUGUGACCCCGCGUGGAAGCCAAAAACCUGUGGUGGAAAAAUAAGGGGGGCAGGGGGAAACCAGGGAGAAAAUAAUGACAAAGAGUGAGACUGGUCAUCGACGCUUGCAGAAACAGACAGACGAAAUAUUUAUUUUCACUUCAUCAUGCUGGACGAAGGGCUGAUUCGGAGGGACAAUGUUGCAGAAUUGCAGACUCCUUAACCGAUCAGUGACAUACACCACUGUGAUAUGCUUCUCUUGCCCCCCCAUGCGUCCUUUGCAUAAUGACUAGUCCACCAUGGGCGAUCCAAAAUGACUGAUCCUUAAAACCGAAUAUGAAUUUGAAAUGACUGUGAAAGAUUAUAUUUCGACUGGUGGACUCAAAAUGAUGGAUUUCAAAGAUGAACAGUUACAUAAAAUGUCUCCGAUACGAGAAGUGAUAUGUCAAAUGACCACACAUCUGUUGGAAAACAGACCAGAAUCAUGUGCAGACUGUUUCAAACAACAGUAACGGGUAAUGUAACGCCAGGAAACUGUUGCUGAAGUGUUUUCUUCUGUACUCGACACCUGGGGAUGUCUUUGUAUCUUCUGUACGCUGGACAAAGGACUGCACCGUCUCAAAUUAAACCAUGGCCCACGAUGCAUCUGUGUCCUGUUGGAUCUAAAUUGUGAACACGUGCACAUGCAUCACUUCUUAAGCUGAAAUAACUCUUGAGCUGCAAACUUCUUUGUGGCUCACUCACUAUUUUAGCUGAGCGGUGACCUACAUUAAUACAGAGAGCAGGGUGGAAGGUAAUGCUGCUGGUUGCACAGUCAUGCUCAUUUUCAUCUGUAGUCUGACAGAAACUCAGUUUAACAGACGAGCAGGACCAAUUUAAUUACAGUGCUUUUGUUAGAUUCUUUCAGAUCUACGAUGCAACGUCAGCGAGUGUCUCAGAGGCAGACUGAUUUUAUUACUGUGUGAGAUUGGUGGUAGUCGGUGUCAGAUGAGGCCAUCUCACUUUCAUUCAAAAAUGGCUUGAAAUGUAAUCAUCAAAUUAAAUUACACAUAGCCAGAUCAAAAUCAAGUGCUCUGUACACCAACAAUAAUCAGUGUAUUUUUUUAAUUUCAUUUAAAGCCUGUGAGCUGGACUUUCACACCAUUUCCUUUGCAGGUUAAUAUGAAAUAUCGUUGAAACUAUUUCUUAUCUAUUGCAAUAACAAAUAAUAAAAGGUCUGUCUCAGUCUGUCAAAAGGUGAAAGCCUUUUGUAGCAUUUACGUGUACAGAGGCGGUAAAAAGAUUUAGGAAAAAACAACCAUAUCAUGAACGUAAGUUGGUACACUAAAACCCACAAUGCCUCUGGGUGGAUACACAGUAUUUAUUUGAUCCUAUUUUUUGAUUUGAGAGGUUGUUUUUAAUCAUAAUGAGAUAAUGAUUUAUUGGUGCUGCAAUUAUUUUUGUAAACUAUACUGUAUGUAGACAUGAUUAUGACAUUAUUUCUUUUUUUUUUUAACAUUUGGAGUAGAAACAACUGGGUCACACUAUUUUACAGUCUACUGUUUCACUGGUAUUUACUUAAAAGGUGCAUGAUUACAAAAGAACUGGAAUAUAGGAAGACAGAACUUAAUUUGUCAGAUAAUGCUUCAACAAAAUGAAGCAAAAAACACCAAAACAUAAGUGCCAUUUUGCAGCUAUUUUUUAUUCAGUGGCUCAAUAUCAAUCAUUAAUAGGCAAAAAACAGUAUGUAUAGUAGGUGUGGCAGCAGGCUGUGUAUAUACAAGUAAGUACAAGAAAGCUAUCACUGUGAGAUUUUGUGUACAGGUGGUACCUUUGACCACCUGAUGUAUGUUUAAAUUCCUGCGCACCACAACAAUCAAAGUGCGUGUGUUCACCAAGAAAUCCUCAGAUAAAUCCCAAUCUACUCUUCAGUAAAUAACAGUUGAAAAACUGGACUGUGAAACAAAGCGUACUCCAGUGCUGCAUCCACACCCAGUGUGUGGAGACACAUAUGUGGCGCCUCUAGGCCAGUGUUGUACAGACUGUGGAUAACAUGACGUCUGAAUUUAAAUAAAGACAUGUUUUAGAAUGAA